UCCAGCUACCGUAUAAUAAUGAACACCCGAAACGUGAAUUUUAAUUUUCACACAGAAAAUGUUUCCAAUCAUAACUAGAAUGUCAUCCUGAACUCUGAGAGGACGGCUGUAUGGAUGAAUAUCAGUGUUAUUUGAAGAAAACAAAUUUCCGAGAAAACCCCCACUGACGUUUCGAGUGUUAUUAUUUUUGAAAGCAAUUUUUGUUUGCAAAGUGAUUUUACGUUAAUAAACAAUCAAAUUCUUCGUCAUCCGUUCUUACACAGUAAUAUGGGAGUAGAAGUAGCAGUUAUUUCUCCGGGAGAUGGCACAACCUACCCGAAACCCGGACAAACUGUAGUCGUUCACUACACAGGAACGUUGCAGAAUGGUACAAAAUUUGAUUCAUCAAGGGAUAGAGGGCAGCCUUUCAAAUUUACGCUUGGACGAGGUGAUGUUAUAAGAGGCUGGGAUGAGGGCAUAACUAGGAUGUCGGUAGGUGAGCGGGCCACAUUGACGUGCUCCCCAGACUUUGCUUACGGCUCUAGAGGUCACCCAGGAGUCAUACCACCAAAUGCAGUCCUAAUAUUUGAUGUUGAACUAUUGCGGGUUGAAUAGUCAUCUUCCAUGAUAACAUUGGAAAGUUUCAAACAAAAAUUGUUAAAAGAAUUCUCAUUAAAUGUUUAUAACUAAUAUUUAUGUAACAGUAUUUGGUUUGUGACUUAUUUGUAAUGUUAAAGGGCUGACAAUCAAACUGUUUUGUUCAACCUUAACAAUGACAAAUGGUUUGAUUGCUUUUUGAGCUCUUUAUAAGUCUUUCUCAGCUUAAGAUUUAUAAGUAGUUUUGCUAGAGGAUUCUGUAAUGCUCAUUUUGGUGAUAAUAAGGUGUAAUGAUAAAGGAAGUGGUAACUAGUUCAGCAAGAUAUUGAAGCUGAUGUAUUUUUUUUAGGCUGCUUAAAAGAAGCUUGGAUUUAAAGAGCAAAAUAGAAAGUUUUUAAGCGAAUGGUAAAUAAGUCAUAAAUAUUUAACAAAAACUGGCAUUUAAGAAAAGUGUAUUUUUUUUUGUACGCCUAAAGGAGGUAAUAUUGUCUUGAAAGAUUAUAUUAUUUGUCUGUGACUGCACUGUUUUUUUACAUACAUUUAGUAAAUUUUCAUUACUUUUUUAGCCUUGGUAUGCCAACUUACUUCCAAUUUAUGAAGCCUAUUAUUAACAACAUAGCAUGUGUGUAUAAUCAUACUGAAUAAUUUAAAGGGUUCUGCAUUAACAAGUCCUCCUAGAGCAGUUUAAAAAAAAGUCAUGAUGUAAUGCUUUUUUUUUCGUGAAUUGAAGAUUUUGUAUUCAAUAUUGAUAUUAUGUUGACUCUAUGCUAGGAAAUGAUCUGUCUUUGUGUUGCAGAUAAAGUUUUUAUACUCAUUUAUGUAGUUCUGAUUUUUUUAUGACAGUCAUGUUUUAUAUAUUUUGUUUAUACAAUUAAUAGUAAGCAAAAAUUAAGUAUAAAUAUUAUUAUGUUUGUGUAUGUCAUUUAUCUAUAUAAUAGUCACAAUAUGUGUUCUAAAAUUCGAAAUUGUGUAUUUA